AAUGAUCCCUAUUUCAAAUAGAAAUCCACUUAAUGAAACCUUAUAAUACUUGCCACAUUUUAUUGCUUACAAUGAUCAAUAAGUAAUGUUUUAAAUUUUGCUCCUUUGUCAUGAAAAAUAGAGACUUGUCUAAUUUAGCCUUUUUUAAUUCUUUUAGAAGAAAGGUUUUUGAAAGGUUUUUAAUGGAAUAAAUUAAUCAUAU